UCGCUGCGAAGUCACUUUAGGGAAACGCUCACAGGAGGUGGCAGCACUUUUGAGUUUUGGUUCAGCUAAGACCACAGGCUGCCUUCUCUUCUCCGGAGAAUCGGCUCCAUACCGAGGCUCAGACAUGGCGGAGACAGGAGGUCCAAGUGCAUACGGCGCUGCGCUGGCUGGAGGAGGCUUUGACUUCUACAAGUUCGUCCGACAGCCGCAAACCAUCGUGCGGCUGCUCAGCUGGGUGUUUGCCUUGGUGGUAUUUGCCUGCAUCACCACAGAGGGGUACAUCAACUCUGCUACCAGUGCCGAGGUGAAGUGCAUCUUCAACCAGAGCAACUCGGCAUGUCAGUAUGCUGUGGGUAUCGGGGUGAUUGCUUUCCUGGUCUGCGUGGCCUUCCUCAUGCUGGAUGUUUACGUGCCCUUUAUGAGCAACGCCCAGGACAGGAAGUACACCGUCAUGGCAGACCUUGGUUUCUCAGGGGUGUGGACCUUCCUGUGGUUUGUGUGUUUCUGCCUCUUGGCCAGCCAGUGGGCGCGCACUCAUGAUGUCAGGGCGAUCCCCGUGGAUGCAGCGCGUGCCACCAUCGCCUUCUCGUUCUUCUCCAUCGCCACAUGGGGAAUCCUGACCUACUUCGCUCUGGGCCGUUUCCGUCGGGGCGUCGAUGAAGUCAGCGUUCCCACCUACACUGAGCCAACUCCGGACCUCAACACCCCCUACCCCCCCACCUAUGCUCCCACCUCCUACAACCCCACCACGUACACCCCCACCACCUACAUCUACCCCAGCAACAUGCCCGAAUCGCAGAAGCAGCCCCCCUUCACCUCAAACCUCCUGCCGCAGGGAGAAACCAGCUACUUGCCGCCCAAAUACUGACGCAGCGAGGAGGUGUUUGUGGAUGAUGCACCGCUCAGGGUCAUCCGCAGGUCAACGGGUUAUUGCUGCGCUGCACAGACACAGAGCUCUAUCAUAUUGAUGUGGUUUAACAUUCAAUUCAACACACUGUUCAAAGUACCUGGGAGGGCCUGAGCCGUACAGGGGCACAUGCUGUUUACAUCAACAGGUCUAAGAUCAGAUCAGAAGACAUUUGAGAGGCUUGAGCAACGUGACCCUUUGAUUUGUGUGCAAAAGCAACGCUUAACUCAGAUGGGCUGAACCUGCGGGGGGAGGUGGUUUUGCAGUGUAAAGAAUCCUAAAGAGGAAGAACAAUCAGUGUGGAAGACCCCAAUGUGUAUUUCUCUUUAUUUUAAAGACUGUAUGGUUAUGUGCCAUGUUCUUUUGUUUUUGUGGAUGAUUCUUUUUCUUUAAAUGACUCAAAAAGCUAUAGUAAUAUAAUUUACCAAAUGGGUGAUGAGGUUUGUGGAGAAAAAAGCUAAUUGGGUUAUGUUUUAUAACCAUGGACUCUGUAAAAGUAAUACAAAUACUGUAAGUCAUCAGAAAUGGUUUUCCUUUCCUUUGCUGUCUAAACGAAUUUAAACCAUGAAGGUCGAGCAUUUCCACCAGUCUGACCAUACUAACUCUAACAGAUGUGUGUUGGUGAAACAAAGGUUUACAUUUGUGUACACUGACUUUUAAACUUGCAGCUAACUUUCAGAUAGAGAGGGAGGAGCUUUAAGAGAAUGCAGCACUUAUUUAACAGGCCUAUCCACUGAAGGCUUCCUUCUGCACUCUUCUGUGCAGCGUUUUGUCCUCAAUAGCCCGAAUCCCCUCUAUCCCUUUGGUUAAACACUGACAUUUUCAGUUUUCUGAGCUCUGAUGGGUAUCUGCAGUUUACAGGUUGAAAUUGAAUAAUCACUGGCCACCCCCUUAAAAUACAGGACUGUGAAUCUCUCUGGUUUUCAGUUUCAGUUAAUUUGCUUUGUGCCUGACAGGUUUGUGUGCUCAUUUGAGUUCCUUGAAGCUGUAGUUAGACCUAUUAAUAGAUUGUGGUAUUUGAGUCAUCUGUGCAGACACAUUGUAGAUACUGGUUCUUUUUUUUUUUUUUCAUAAAAAAUGUUCAGAGAUGGUUUAAAAACAACUUGCAUAUAGGAAGAUACAACAGACACAGGACAGUUCAUCUUUUAAAUAAAUUAGUUAAAGCACCCUGCAAAGGUGUCCUUGCACCCCAUAAAAUUCUGUUAAAAUACUCUGAAUCUUGUGGUCGUAACGUGACAAAAGAGGAAUACUUUUAGAGGGGUCUGUAACAACACAAAAUGGAGAAAACCUCAGUCUCCAAGAGUUAGUUUUGGUUGAGUAAUGAGAUGGAUUAAGGGAGAAAUGAACGUUCAUUCUCUCUUCCUCUAACACCUGGGAGCACCUUCCUCAGGGCAAUAACAACUAAGAGGAGAAGCAGUGUCUGUAUUUUCUGCCUUAGUGGGAGGACUGUAACUUUAAACUGGUUUUUGAACCUAAGGGGACUGAGUCUAAAAUGUGAUUUAAAAUCUUGUGGGAACAUUUAGGUUGAAGCAGCUGUGAAUCAGAGUUGCAUUUAGUGUGACAUGCUGAAUAGUUUUUGAAUCUAUGCAUAAAGUUAAUCUGACAUCUGAAACAGCUUUUUUUGAUUACCCACUUUGAAUUACUUCUCUCCCCAACCCCAACCAUGCUGUAAAUGAUGUUGGGCUAAAAGAGAUGAGGUCAAGGAUUUGUGAUUUCCUGCAUAAUUGAAGAAAAUGGUCCUAUGAUCUCUGAAAUCCGUAUGAAUAUUGUUUGAAUCUUGCUUUAAAAUAAUAAACAAGUGAUUUAUGAAUGGAAAACAUCA